UAUAUAACUAAGUGAAGUCGCACGUGUUUGAAUUCGUCUGCUUUAUAUGUUAAAAAGACUUGCAUGCUCAUUAAAGAUGUAUCAAAGGUUUUUGACUUCCGUCUUCAUUCUGCAGUCGGUUUUCAUACUUUGUAAGAGUGAGAAGACUUGGAUGUUUUCCGUUGGCGGUAACAGAAAACCAGCCAACUUUAUAGAUACAGAUGGGUACUUGAAAGGAGCCGAUGUUGUUUUGAUUAAAUCGGUAUGUGAAAUCGCAAACAAAAAGUGUGAGAUAACUGUUCAACCAUUUGAAGAAUGCGUUAGAACAGUGCGUGAUAGAAUAUACCCAGGCAUAGGUAUUAUGAGUAAAUGGUAUGAUGCCUGUGUUGGUUAUGUAUCUAUCCCAGAGAGAUUGAACUCCAUGGCAUUUACAGAUGCCUAUGCGAAUGCAGUUGCUACUUUUACUGUUUUAAAAGGAAAUCCUCGUAAUUUUAAUCCUGACAAUGUUACGGAGAGUGUUAUCACUACAUUAAAUGGAGCAUUUACUAGCAGUCCCUGUUUAAAGCGUUUGGACAAAGUCCCAAAGGGAAUAAUAGUAGCUGCUGAUUUGAACCAAGUUAAAGACCUACUAAAUAAUGGAUCUGCUGACGCUGUAUUUUCUCCCCGAACAUUAAUACCUGGAUAUGAUGUAUUGCCUGCCCGUUAUGACUGCACUACGAGUGGACUUGGAAUGAUGGUUCGCAAGGAUAAUGAACUUCCUGGUUGGUGGAACCCAGCAUUUCAAUCAUUCUACAAAUCCGGAAACUAUACGGUGUGGUGUAAAACUAUAAACCAAAAAUAUGGAGGAAUUCGUAUUGAUGAUAGCUAUUGUUUACCACCACCUGCUGUUAAACCGACAGCUUCUGGAUCUGGGACACAGCCUGACCAAAUUGUCGGACGGAGAUAAAUAAUUCGGACAGAAAUUAAGAUUAUGAAGUUGGAAAAAAUAAGACAGUAUUAUCUCAUGUAUAUAUGGGAUCAGCUUGACUCAACAGGUACUGCAAAAAAUAUUUCAGGUACAAUUGAACUUUUUUACGUUAUUUGCUUGAUAAUAAAAGUCAUCAUCAUGCCUGCUUUACUUAGAACAUUAAAACUGGUAUUUGAUAAGUGCUUUUG